UUUAAAUGUUAAACAUCGUAACCUGGAACAUUAAGAGUCUUCGUGAUGUUAAGCGAAGAGGGAGGGUGAAAAAUGGAUAAAAUUAAACGAUUAUAGUUUUUCAAGAAACUUUGUUAGAAUCUUGUAAUGAUUCAAUUGUUGCUCGAAUUUGGGGGAAUAGACCAGUAGAUUGGAUAGCUCUAUAUUCAAUUGGUAGGUCUGGGGGUAUACUGAUGUUAUGGAAUCCUAAUGUAGUUUCUAUGGUUAAUCAUCGCAUUGGUGUUUACUCUGUUUCUGUCCAUUUCAAAAAUAAUAUAGAUAAUUUUGAAUGGGUUCUUUCUGGUGUUUAUGCUCCUUGUAAUGUAGUUUAUAGGAGACACCUUUGGGAGGAACUAACUGCUGUUAGUAGAGAUUGGGGUCUCCCUUGGUGUGUGGGAGGUGAUUUUAAUGAAGACAGGAGAAUGACUGAGCGCAAGAAUUGCUCAACGACCACUAGAGGCAUUCUUCUGGACAGGUUUCUCUUUAAUUCUAAAUGGGAAGAUCAUUAUCCUUCUCUUGUUCAAAAAUCCUUGGCAAAACCACUAUCUGAUCACAAGCCAGUGCUUUUAUCCGGAGAACUAAUAGACUGGGCCCCUCCUCCUUUUAGAUGUGAGGCAAUGUGGAUGUUGGAGCCGACUUUUAUUGAUAUUUUGAAAGAAUGGUGGCAGUCUUUUUCUUUUGAGGGGUCAGCUGGGUUUGUUCUCGCUAAAAAAUUUCAGGCGUUGAAGUAUAAAAUCAAAGACUGGAAUAAGAAUGUUUUCGGAAAUAUUGAUCGUAAAUGUGAGUCGCAGCUCAGCGAAAUUCAGUUGUUAGACCAACAAGCCGGAUCAACUGAUUUCUCUAAACAAGUUAAGGAAAGAUUAUGAUACCUUGGUUUAUAUGCAGGAACUUCAUUAUCUUCAGCAAUCUAGAUUGAGAUGGUUUUUAGAGGGAGAAAGAAACACACGCUUCUUUCAUCAAAUAGCAAGAAUCAGAAGAAGAAGAAGAAACCCUUUUGCCAAACUAAAGAUAAAUGGGGCCUGGGUAGAAGAUAAAAUGGAAAUAAAGGAUGGGAUAGUUGAUCACUUCCAAAGAGUUUUUUCUUCUGAUGAUGACUCGCGGGUUUCGCUAGAAGGUAUGAAUUUUAACACCAUUUGUUUUUCUGAUGCUAGUGGCUAGAGAGAAACUUGGAUGAUGCUGAAAUUUUGCUAGCUCUUAAGAAUCUAGGACAGGAUAAAGCUUCAGGUCCUGAUGGCUUUCAAGUCUCCGUUAUAGUAAGCUGUUGGGAAUUUAUGAAGAAUGACAUAAUGAAGGUGGUUAGGGAUUUUAAGAGAUGGGGAGCUAUAAAUUGGAGACUGAAAUAUACUAUUUAUCUAAUUCCUAAGAAGUCUAAUGUGGAGGAAAUCAAAGACCUUCGUCCUAUCAGUCUUACAGGUAGCAUUUACAAGGCUAUCUCCAAGGCUCUAGCGGAGAGAUUGAAGAUUAUGUUACCAAAGCUCAUCUCUAAUCACCAAAGUGCUUUCAUUAAGGGUAGGAAAAUCACUGGUAGCAUUCUUAUUGCUAAUGAAUGUCUAGAUUCUAGAAUCAAAGAAAAGAAGCCUAAAAUAAUUUGCAAAGUUGAUCUUGAAAAGGGUUUGAUCAUGUGAAAUGGUCUUUUGUUGAUGAAGUGUUGCUUCGAAUGGGUUUUGGAGAUCGGUGGAGGACCUGGAUUAAGGGUUGCAUAGAAAAUGUUCCUUUUUCUAUCCUUGUUAAUGGUUCUUCCCAUGGUAAAUUUUCAAGUCAAAGGGGUCUCAGGCAAGGAGACCCCCCCUCUCCCUUUGUGUUCUUACUUUUUUCUAAAGUGCUCAACAUCAUGUUUGAGAAAGCAUCUUCCUUGGGUCUUUUGGGGGUUUUUUUCGUUGCUAAUAAUGGCACGAAAAUUACUCAUCUACAAUUUGUGGAUGAUACUUUAGUUUUUAAAACAUAUUCUUCUGUAGAUGAUGGAUUUUCGA